GAUUCCAGCAUAAAGAAACGUUUCACUGGAAGACCCGCGGUGACUAUCAUCAUUUACUUACGGGACUGUUUAUCCUUUCUCUAAUACAACAUCACCUUCCAAGGACUCAAUAACGGAUUAAUUCGCAAUGGCUAAUCAACAUCGCUAUUGUUCCCGGCAAGGGUACGUUUCCGCGUUUCUCUUUCUCUCUGCCAUAGUGAACACUGUCUCCGCCGUCACCCUUUAUUCCAUCCCCGAAGAAAUGGAGGAGGGAUCGGUUGUUGCUAAUUUAGCAUCUGAUUUGGGAUUAGACGUGAAGACUCUGAAUAAAAGGAAAAUGCGCGUAGACGUUGUAGGCAAUAAAAAGUACCUGGACAUCAACAAAGACACAGGAGAGCUGAUUAUUUUGGAAAGGAUUGACAGAGAGUUUUUAUGCCCACUGAAGACUGCUACAUCGUGCUUUCUUAGAUUAGAUGCUGCAAUUGAAAAUCCAAUACGAAUGUUCAACAUUGAGGUGGAAAUCACGGACAUUAAUGAUAACGCUCCUCAUUUUCGACGAGGAACCAUGCAUUUAGACAUCUCUGAAUCCACCUCUGUUGGAGAGAGAUUCUCUUUGAAUAAUGCUGCAGAUCCAGAUGUUGGAACGAAUUCUGUGAAAAAUUACAAUCUAGGUGAGAAUGAACACUUCUCUAUUGAAAUUCAAACAGGACGAGACGGGACGAAGUUUGCAGACUUGAUCCUGAAAAAAGCUUUAGACAGAGAGAAGCAGGCUGUUCAUAAUCUGAUACUGACUGCAGUGGACGGUGGAGUCCCCACGCGCACAGGUACAGCCAGUAUAAUUGUUCGCGUGCUCGAUGUGAACGACAACGCCCCUUCAUUUGACAAAGACAAAUACGUCAUAGAAGUGAUGGAAAACUCUCCAAUAGGCAGUCUAGUGAUCAAACUGAAUGCUACUGAUUUAGAUGAAGGCUCGAACUCUGAUAUUGUUUAUUCAUAUAGUUUGUAUACAUCAGAGAGAACGCAGCAGAUGUUCAACUUGAACCCAGAAAAUGGUGAAAUCAGAGUGAGAGAGAUGAUCAAUUAUGAGGAUUUUAAGAUUUAUGAGAUGGAAGUUAUUGCCAGCGACAAGGGGCCGAACUCUUUAUCUGGACAGUGUAGACUGACAAUACAGGUGACAGACAUGAAUGAUAAUCAUCCAGAAAUAUCCAUCAAAUCAUUUCAGAGUCCAGUCAAAGAAAAUGUGCCAUUAGACACAGUGAUAGCUGUAGUUAGUGUCAGUGAUAAAGACUCAGGAGACAAUGGAGUGGUGGAUCUUCAUAUUCCAGAUAAUAUGCCUUUCAAACUGAGGGAGUCCUCUGAUAACUAUUAUGAAUUAGUGGUGUCAGAGCCGUUAGACCGUGAGAAGGUCCCAGAGUAUGACGUCACGUUCACCGUCACAGACAGAGGUUCUCCUCCUUUAUCUGACAAUGAGACUAUGACGUUAGAGCUGCUGGAUGUUAAUGACAAUGUUCCACAGUUCCCACAGUCAUUUUAUACUAUACGUGUGAUGGAGAAUAACGCACCUGGGGCCCUGCUCAGCUCACUCACUGCGUUUGACCCUGACCUCCAUGAAAACCAGUAUCUGGUUUAUUUCAUCCUGGAGAAGGAGAUAGCCAACACCUCCAUGUCCAUGCUGUUCUCCAUCAAUCCAGAGAACGGGAAUCUUUACGCACUGAAAACUUUUGACUAUGAGAUCGAGAAGGAGUUUCUUUUCCACAUCGAGGCCAGAGACUCUGGCUCUCCUCCUCUCAGCAGUAACGUCACCGUCCACAUCAUCAUCGUGGACCAGAACGACAACGCUCCGGUCAUUGUGUCUCCGUGGCGCGCACACGGCUCUGUGGUGGAGGAAAAGAUCCCCAGAUCCACCGAUAAAGGCUCCCUGGUUGCCAAGGUGAUAGCCUUAGACACCGACUCGGUGCACAACUCUCGGAUUACCUACCAGUUUCUACAGGUGACUGACGCCACCUUGUUCAGUCUGGACCAAUACAACGGAGAGAUCCGGACUAUGAGGAUGUUCAGUUACAGAGAUCCGCGCCACCAGAGACUGGUUGUUAUCGCCAAGGACAACGGACAGCCCGCUCUCUCUGCUACAGUCACCAUCAAGCUGUCCACAGUGGAGACUGCCGUGAAGGCCUACUCUGACCUGACUGAGGUGCCUCUAGAAUACGACAUCUUCUCGGACCUCAACCUGUAUUUGGUCAUCGGUCUGGGCUCAGUGUCUUUUCUCCUGCUCAUCACCAUAUUGGUCACCAUCGUGCUCAAGUGUCAGAAACCCAAGGCCAGCAAAGCGGCUCCUCCCUGCAGGAACAGUGUGCUCAGUGAGAGGAACUCCACCAUCGCAGACUCCACUCUGGUGUCCAACGAUGCCUACUGGUACAGUCUGUUUCUAGCAGAGACCAGGAAAGGGAAGCUGGUGGUCAGACAGCCUGUGCCAAAGGGCUCCAGAUACAUCGUGUCCAGUUUACCAAGAGGCACAGGACUGACAGACACUAGUGACUCAGCUGCUUCUACUCUGCAGGUAUGGGAAUACAUCUAUUUAGCAUAUGUGACACAGACGUACACCCUGAAUAUUCAUCAAUUCCACUCUUAAGUGACCAUAGUAGUA